CCGUGUUCCGGCUUCUGCAUAAACAGCGAAAGCUGACAAACCGUCGAAAACAGAAACCGUUUUCUUGCAUUUACCGUCGUCGGAAGAUGAUUAUUAAUGAGGGAUACAAGACAUAACAAUGAUGAAUAGAUACAGUUCUUCGUAAGACUGUCGACAGAGCUAACGUAGAGCAAGAUUAUGGAAGUACCUGCACUGCAGACAAGCAUUUUGGCAAUUGGAGGCAGUAAUGGCAAGAAGUCUGGCACCUUUACCUUGGAGAAACAUUCAAGGAGAAAGCAGUGCUCACCAGCAUCAAGAAAGAUUGUUUGCACAGCAUUUCAGCCAGAUUGUCAUCAGUUGAAUGAAAGUGCCUUGGACCAGCAAUCUGAACAUGCAAAUGACACCAUGGGACGGAGUUGGGAAAAGGCUGUCUUAAUAGUUGACAGGAGGCAGGAUGCCAAAGAAGGGGUUUGUGAAAGCAGGAAUUGUAGAAAUAUAUCUGCAUUUGCUUUUACUGCACCUCCGUCUGACCAGGAUGCAGAUUUGAAAGGAAAGCCAGAUGCAAUUAUGAGACAUUUUGGGAGUCAUCAGGUUGAUAAAGGGAGAAGUCAGAAGCGCAGCAUUGUAGAGGAUUUGCAGCGUCAUCUUGAGGUCAAUGGGUGCAAGCAUAACAGCUCAUCAUCCCUGGAGUCUGAUUGCUGUAGGUCAUUAACUCUGGAAGCAGAGGGCAUGGAACAAUGGCAGACUGGUUCAGAUGCUUUUGUAUGCACAGUUUGCAACAAGCGCUUUCAAGGAAAGCUUGCUUUGGAUCAGCAUAUGUUUGUGGAUGCCUCAGUCUUGAACAAGGUCAUGUCUACGACUCCACCCUUAAAGCUCCCAGAUAUGUUUUGUCAAACAGUGGUUGAAGAGCUGGCAAAAAGUGUAGAGAAUACUUAUGGGAGUUCAGCCAGAACCAAGUGUGACAAAAGGUUUCAUGUCAGUGAUAGUGAUGGUGAUGAUGAGCAUGAAGUGCACAGUGAUGAAGAGGAUGAGAUAGCAGUGAUAGAGGAGGAAGAAUUUGCAGAUAAAGAAAGUAGAGAAAAUGAGGAAGAUUUAGAAGAAUUAUUUGAUGAUGAUGACGAGGAUGAAGAAACUUUAGCAGAAGAUGAGGAGAAUGUCCUAAACAAUGAAAACGAGGUGAAUGGCUAUAACACAAGCAGUGAGUCCUCAGAUAACAGGGAACUUGAGGGAGAUCUAGACAGUGAGCCUGAGCAUGUUCAGAUGAUACCAAAACCAUUUCUUUCAUCAUGUCUUACUGAAGCUGCAGGAUCAAAUGAUGAUGAUGUAACAUUGUUAUCGUCAGCUGAUGAUACCACAGCUUCAUCUUUGAGUAAUGAACCAUCCUCAGUCACACAGAUAUGUCGCACCUCAUUGUCAAGGCGCAAGGCCAAUCGUCCAAAACCUGUUAAGAUUCGUCGAUCACCGCCAGGAAUAACAGGAUUAAUAUCUUCUGCUGCAAAGGCUGAACAGAGCACGCUUCAGGUUCCUGCAGAAGGAGCUAGCUGCAGUCCUAGGAUGUGCUGGUGCAGCAUGUGUGGACAGGCACUGCUAUCUAAGGAGCUCCUUGCGGCACAUGUUGCUGAGCAUGAGAAGUUCUUCCCAUUCUUUUGUGCUCUGUGCGAUGCCAACUUUAUGGAGGGUCAGCUGCUGAAGAUCCAUGUUGCCACUAAGCACACGGUUGAGCACUCACUGCAGUGUCAGACUUGUGGAAUGUACUUCAAACAGCGUGGCUCUCUUUCCACACAUAUGAAAUAUUGUCGCCAAGCGCCAGCGUGCGUCGUGUGUGCUGUUCGCUUCCCUAAUGGUGAUGAGCUGGAGAAACAUUAUUACACACAUUCAGAAGAAGAGCGAGCAGCAGCAGAGACCUUGGCAUGUAUAGACUGUGGUGAAGUCUUCCUCAGCACCAUUCAGCUCAAAGAGCACAUGAAGACUCAUGGAGAGCUUCGGCCAUAUUGGUGUGACUUAUGUGGUGCCACCUUCACACAGCAGCGCUCACUGGACAAACACCGACAGCUGCACCGACGACAGCAGGACUGUCGUUGUGAGAUUUGUGGUGUGCAGCUUCUUACCCGCAGCGGUUACAUUGCCCACAAGCGAGCCCACAGAAAUAUAGGUAUGAUUCAGGUUGGUCUAGGGAGCCAGGUGGAGAAGGUGAUUUUGGAUAAAAACAGUCAGUCUGUGGAAGUGAAGGAGGAAAAGAAAGAGAAAACAGGGGAGAUGGAUGCACAUAAAUAUUUUAAGAUCAUUGAGCAGGAGCUCAGCAAAACUGUGGACUCAGCCUCCUUGAGUGUUGUUGCCAACAAGGUGCCAGAUGGCAGUAAUGGUCGGAUGCACAACAAAGUGCAUGUGUGUCCUUUUUGUCCUCUCACGUGUUCUAGUGCAGACAGAUUGCAGACACAUAUACGGCGCUUGCACAGAGAAGCAAAACUAGAGCAGUGUGAGGUCUGCAGUCGGAGAUUUUAUGGUGCAGAAUACAUGGAACGGCACAAACGCAGCCAUGCUAACCUGUCUGACAUGUUUCCCUGUGAUCAGUGCUCCAAGGUCUUCAAGCGCAAAUGGUCUCUUGAGACACAUCGUAAGAUUCACUCUUUCACAAAAUUUGUUAACUGUGAUAUAUGUGGGGAAGAGUUUCGCUUCUUGAGUGAAGUGGAAAAGCACAAGAACCGCAAACACCAGUAUGACAAGACCCAAGUCUCCUAUGAGUGCAAUGUGUGUCACAUGAAAUUUGCAACACUUUCGCACUUGUCAAUCCAUAGCAGUCAUAGUCACUGCACUGCUGAUGGCAACCCCUUUAAGUGUGUGGAGUGUCAGGAAACUUUCCUGACAUGUACAGACCUCAAGAAGCACAUUUAUCAAAAACACGAAGAUGAAGUGCAUAUACCCGUCAUCAAGUCAGAGCCUCUUGACUCCUAUGAGGAAUCUUGCUCACUACUCUCAGGACUAAAUCCUCUCAAACAGCCAAAAAACUUUCAGGGUGAUGGGUUUUGUGACAAAGCAAAGACUAACAAUGAGCAAAAUGAGACGGCUGUAGCACAAGAUGGCAAAAAUACAGUCAAGCAGAUAUUGCCUUUUGUUGGUCCAGCUAACUUCAAAAGCAAUGAUGCAAAUGGUAGUAGCAGGCCUGCCUUAGGGGUAGAAGCUUACAAUGAACUGACUCGACAGUCCAUGCUGCAGGCACGACUACACAAGCGAUUUGCCUGUGAGAUGUGCUUUAAAUGUUUUUCACCAAGUCUGACCUUCGGACACACAUGCGCACACACACAGGAGAAACGCCCUAUAAAUGUGAUUACUGUGACCGGGCCUUCAAGCAGCGGGGACAUCGCAAGUUGCACAUACAAGUGGCACACACACGUGAUAUGCCAUACACAUGUCAGCUUUGUGGCCAAGCGUACCCUACACGUUACCGAUACCAAAUUCACCUCAAGCGCCACUCAGGUAUCAAAGAGCAUGAAUGUCAGUUUUGUGACAAGGCAUACUACACUGUGGAAAACUUAACGAGCACAAGCGAAGACACCAUGCCAAAGAAAUGGGCCAGUAGACUGUCUUCUGUUCUUUAUCAUAUACUUCAUUGUUGAAUAGGGUAGAUGGUGUCUGUCAUUUUCAGAAAAGCUGUUUCCCGAAUGUUCAUUAUUUUCUAUUUAAGCAUUAUAUUCAGUAAGUUGCCAUACUUUACAAGUGAGCUAGUUUGUUGUAUGAACAUUUAUUUUCUUUGAUUCAUUAUGACAUAUUUUAAAUGGGCAGCAAAGCAGGUCAGCACAGACUUUGUAGAGAUUUUGUGAGAGGUUUGAUUUUUAAAGAAAUUUUGUGAGGUAGAUGGUCUCGAUAUCUCUAAUUCACUGUGAUCAUCAUGUUCAUCUUUGUAAGGUAAGCUUGGAAAAAAUUAGAAGGUAAAGUUGUGAAAAGGGUCAUAAAUUUGUCCAAGAAAUUUGUUUCAAGGUGCAACAUGCAAGGGAGAGAAUGUAAAAGCUUUUAAGAACAAGAAGUAUGGCAUCAGUGCUAGCCAUCUAUAGCUUUUAUCUUGCCUUAUGUGGUUUCCAUUCCAUAGCCACUACUAUAUGAAAGUAUUUAUACAUGUAUAUAUCUUUUGUGUUUCUCCUUUUCAUUUCAUGGUUUGUUCAGUGACAGUUAUGGUCAAACUGUUUACAAGCUUUUAGCUAAUUUCCAUCUUUUAAUUUUAUUCUAAGUUUAGGAUUCUGAGAUAUGCUUGCAAAGGAUGGCCCUGAUGAUCAAGGUUGUGCAGAUAUCUUUUCAAAAGGGUGACAGGAAAGGUGGUUGUGAUGUAGACAUGUGGCAAAUGAUUUCUGAAUGAGGGCUGUGUUAUAAAAUGGCAAUGGAGACCAGGCUUGUGUGAUCAUGCAGAGCUGUGCAGACAUAACCUGCAGGUGCUGAUGAGGGUGUUGUACUUGGACUGUGAUAAUGUGAGAUGCGCAAGUUCAUUUCUUUUGUGUGUGCUUGCCUCUUGUGCUUGUAGAGGCAUGCUGGGUGGAUGUUUCUUCUAGCAGAUAAAUGAAUAAAAAGAUACUUCACAGUUGCAAAAACUGCAUACAGGUGACUUGAUAAAGUAGCUUAUCAUUUUUAUUUAGCAAUAAUGCAUGCUUUUUUUAGGGGGAAGCACAAAACAAAAGGAGAUAUAAAGGAAAACAAAGCAAACACUAAACAAGUUGAAAUACAAGAUUAGAAAUUAAGACAACAUUACACAAAUAUUUUAGGAAUGGAGUGGGAGAAUGUGUGUUAGUCAAGGAAAAGUAGAUUUUCUGACCACUUUUAAAAAAUUAUGAAUGUUAAAAACUAAAAUAAAAAGAAACUUCACAACAUUAUUAAAGCACAGCAGCUAGAAUUUCAUGAAAACUAUUUGUAUAUCAUCAAAGACUUUUUAAAGAGGCCUCAAAAUUUCUUUUAUCGUAAUCACUUUGGUGGGUUUUUGUGGAUGGAUAGAAUAUCACAAUGAUAGAGUCUAAGACACUUGAUGUACAGAGGAGCAAAGAAGUCAGGUUAUUUGUAUGUUUGAAUGGAAGCUUUUGAAUUGGGUUGAGAACAUCUUUAUCAGCUUAUGCUAGUUGUGGUAACACUGGCUCUGGCUGUCAACUCUACUUGUCAUGCAAGCUUUGGUCACUAUCCAUUGACAAGAAAUGGUCAGUAUUAUGCAGUAAAUAUCCUGGGUGCAAUGGGUUGUACACCCAUCUCUAUAGGUGUGCUUGUAAUUAGUGGAUAAAUGCAUUCAUACAUGAACAUGUGCAUAUACAUGUACACACACUCAUAUUUUCUCAAGUUAGCGUGCAAAUAUGUUUAUUUACUCAGAAAAAGCAUUUUUAGUCAGGUUUUUUCCCUUCUUUUUAGUAUAUUUUUACAUCUCUGUGGGUUCAAAAAUUCAACUUACCUCAUUUUUAAUUGAGAAGUUUUGGAUUUAAUAAACUUCAUUAGCUUGAUAGUGAUAUAUAUAUAUAUUGGAAAACGCAUUUCACAUUCACAGAUUUGUUUAUGCUUACAGAUCAUUAGCAUUGGAGAGUUACAUUUUUUAAUUGUUGUACUUUAAUCGUUCUAAAAUAUGUUGUGAUUUUACAGUGUCUGCCAAAAUAUUGUAUCUGUGUGCAUGUAUGGUUGUUACAGAUUGUGAAAGCAAGCUAUAGAUUUUACUAUUUUUGACACAAAAGAGACUGGUAAAUAGUUUUACUUUCAGUCAUUUUCUAUUAACUUUAAAAUGAUUUUUAUGUGCAAGUGAUUGUCUUGCACAAUGUUUAUGUGUUUUGUAUGUGCCUACUGCUUGUAUCAUGGUCAUAAUGAGAAAAAUGCUGUCUUAUAUUACAAAACUCAAACCCAUAAAGUAAGGUUUUAAUUCUAAGAGUUUAGCGUUGGUGAAUACAUCUUAAAUAAAAAAUGUCUAAAAGUGUUACCAGUUCAAAGGUUUUAACUCUCUGUCUGAAAUGGGGAGAUGGUGAAAUAACACUUGCUUAAUUGGAAUAUACAAAUGUUUGAAGGUCUUGAGGGUGGAUUGAACAUUGUAAAAAACUCCUCCCUGUGGUAUCUCUAUGUACCUGAAGCUUAACAUGAAGUUAAAGGUAUCAUCCCAUUGCCUGCUGGCCAUCAUUACAGUGAGCUGUUAGUGUGGUCCUGAGCAGACGUGAGGUGGACCCUGACCCUCUUCUUCUGUUACCUUUGCAGAAAGAGCAGGUAUCCAUUCACUGCUGGGUAGACAGAACAUUUUCAAGGCUUGAGCAAGCUUUGUCCUGUUCGAAACAUGGAACCUUCUCUAAGCUGAUGGACAUUCAAAAGAUUCUGAGUGAUCAUAGAUCAUGUGUGCUAUAUACUAUUUAUUGUCAACGCUUUGAAACGAACUGUGUCUUAUUUUCUGACUUAAAGAAUGUGUUCAUUUAAUAAAACAAAUCUACUUAGCCACGUUGAGUUGGGGUGCACUCAGGUCUAUUUUUUACUACUAGGGUAAACUUCAACAUGAACGUAAAUAUGUGAUUGGAACUGUUGUUUAUUUCUGAACCUGUACUCAUUUGCAUUGCAGUAUAUGUAUGUGUGUGUGUAUGUGGAUGUGCUGUGCAUAUGGACAUGCACAUUUAUGCAGACAUGCAUCAGCAUGACUAGUUUUUUUCUUUCUCAAACAUUGUGUACACAUGAUGGGCACAAAAUUAUCCUCUUCACCUUUUGCUGGUUGUGACAAAAAGAACUGAUAUUAUUUUAGCAGCUGUUAACACCAGGUGGACUUUUGUCUUCUGCCUAAUGGUGUAAAAGUGUUCAUUGUUUUCAGGGAUUCUGGUGCUAUGUUGUGCCCACACACACCAGCACUAACAUGCUCAAGGAAUCGUAAGGCAUUAUUUAGAAAAAGCUGCAGAGCUGCACUUUGUCCUCAAUUUAUAUGAUCUAUAUCCUGACUUUAUUUGAUUUAUAUUUUUGAACUAUUGGUGAAUUUUAAUUCUCACUUUAUCAAUUCUAUAUCAGUGAGUUGUUAACGGCAUUUGUAGAGCUUGUGGAACAGUUUGUAUGGAGCUUCUGAAACCAGAUGCAUUUUGUUGAGUUUUGUGGAGCUUUCUGUAAGAAAGAAUAUAGCAUAGAGCUGCCAAAAAUUAUUUUGUGCCAUAAAGUGUGUGAGCUUAUUUUCAUGGAGGAUGUUGAUUGAAGUAAUGUCAUUGCCUGGUGACUGUAAGCAGUGAUUGUGUCUAGGACAGUAGACAAAUGGAGCUGUUAAGUGGUUGACUGUCUAGGGCUCUGCAAGUGAAAGGUAGGUUUCAGUCCUCUCCUUGGAGUGCCUUUUACCUGCCUAAAUACAUCCAUUCAAGUACCAGUUGAGUGCUGGGUGGAGGUAGGAAGAUGCUUAGUCAUUAUACCUAAAAUAGGAUCAAAACCUUCUCCUUCGAAGUUUAAUGCACAUGGGUACGAAGCAUUUAUUUUGAAUGGCAUAAGUAUGUGGAGUUUCUUAGACUACUUAAAAGAAUAAGUGGAGCUUUUAAAGCUUAACAUGUGAAAAACUUUGUAUGGCACUUAUAAAUUAAAAGUAGCUUGCAACAAGAAUGUGAAAGUGGUGAAGAAUUUUUGUGGUGUCUAUGUUAACGUGGAUCUGCUUAUAACAUACCAAUUGCUUUGUGAACACCAUCUUGUGGAUGUGCUUUGUGAAUGUGGUGUACACAAUUAUAGAUCAGUUCUAGAAAAGGCAUAAUUUUUUGCAUAACUGUGUAACUAUUGUUACUGAAACAUUGAUGUGAAGUUUUUAUAUAUAUUGAUAGUGCUGAUUGUAUUAAGUGUAAGCAUCAAA